GCCGCUUUGUCUGUAACGUAGCCGUGAUUUUGUAAUGACAACUUUGGAGGAGCAGGCGAUUUUAACUUCGACGGAUGCUGUGGCGGUAGAGUCGUCGUCGACGUCACCGAGAUCAACAACUCAAAAUAAUUCGCAAACAACAACAGCUGCAGACGGGUCGACGUUGUUGUCGUCGGUGGAGGUGAUUUCCGUUUCGAUGCAGACGUCCGAUUCGGACGAAAUCGUGACCAUCUCCCGGCAGAUCCGUCGUGCGCUGGAAUGUCCAAUAUGCCUGACGCUAGUGUCGGUCAUAGCGUGCUACUGCCCCGACGGGCACGCGAUGUGCGAACCGUGCAUGCUGACGCUGCUAAACACGAACAGCGCCCGAGAAAAUCCCUGCCCGCUGUGCCGGACGUUGAUGUUGCAGUCGUUGGGCACGUCGACUACGGUCGUCAAACUGACCGAGUCGUCUACUCUGGUGAAGGUGACGUGCUCCAACUGGCAGCACGGGUGCACCGAACUUAUUUCCGUCCGGUGCGUCAGCAAUCACGAGUCCGAAUGUCCGCACGUGCCGACCAUCCUGCAGUGCCAGGUGACCAUGUGCCAGUGGCUGGGCAUGUACGAACAGUUGUUCGAGCACGUGUCAAGCUCGCAUUCUGGACUGUGGCAAAUGAUAUUAUUAAAACAUCGAAACUAUAUAUUUAUUAUAUUUACUACCUAUACUCCCCCUUCCCGUAUAACUGCCAAGGCGAUGAUACAGACCCGUCGAAAUGCACCAUCUCACUCCUCUAGUUUACACGAAUAUUGCGUAAAACACGCUAUUGACGUGUGAAAAAGGUUUUUCGUUUUUUCUCAUCGACAUAAUAUUAAUAAAAAACAAAUACCUAAUUAUUUUAAUUAUUUUAAACACACACUCUCGUGUUUUCAGCAAAACCAUCUGAAAGUGAACGAUUUAAAAGACAUAAUAAAGAAUCAACGCCGGACAUACCUGGCCCAGUCGACGUACGGCAUGAUCUGGGUGAUGAUAUCCCGGAUCUCUCGGUCCCGCAUCCAGGCGGCACUGUUCAUGGUGAACAACCAUCGAAGCGAAAAGAAUGACGUCGACAAGGUGCCGCCGGACGCACGGUAUCGUAUCACGUGUUUCGACGAAAACGACCGCUUAAGGACCAAGCAGGACGAGAGUGAUUAA